ACAAGCUAAAACAGAUCAGUAUAUUCACCAGUCACAUCAACAUCGUUCUAUCAAGACCCACAUUAAGACCAUUGUUAAAAUAAUAAAUUAUAAAACUAAAAAAUAAUCAUGGCUAAGCUAAUGAUUGUAGGAUAUUAUUUUUUAUUAUUAAUAAUUUCAAUAACUGCUCAAAGUCAAUCACAAUUUCAGUGUCCUGAUGGAACUGGUAAAUCAUUUUAUGCUGAUUCAGAACAAUGUGAUUUAUACUAUGUCUGUCAGGAUGGUAUAGCUGAAGAAAAACUUUGUAAAGAUGGACUUGUAUUUAGAGAUGAUAAUCAUAAAAAAGAACUUUGUGAUUUACCAGCAAAUGUACCAUGUGGUGAUCGUAAUCUUCUUCAACAACCACAGCCAUCUAAAGGUUGUCCACGUGCAAAUGGAUAUUUUAAGCAUGAAGAUCCAUCAAUGUGUGAUCGUUUUGUAAAUUGUAUUGAUGGUGUUGCAUCUGUAAUGCCAUGUCCACCAGGUCUUAUUUAUGAUGAUAAAAUGUCAGCUUGUAUUUGGGCAAUUGAUUCGGAAAAACCAUGUCAUUCAAAACGUGAUCAACUUGAUGAUGGUUUUAUUUGUCCUGAUGAAGUUGUCAGUGGUCCUGGUGGUCUUUUACAACCACAUCCAACUUAUCCACAUCCAGAUGAUUGUGCUAAAUUUUAUAUAUGCAGAAAUGGUGUUCAACCACAAAAAGGACAGUGUGAUGUUGGUACUGUCUACGAUGAAUUAACAUUCAGAUGUAAUGAUCCAGAAAAUGUACCUGGCUGUGAGGACUAUUACAAGGAAAAAAAUUAAUUAUCUACUCGAAGAUUUCGCAA